AUGGAACGUCUGAGAGGGAGUUGGGAGGACGGCGCAAAGCGUACAGGCUCUACGCAGGAUGCUGAGGCUUUAGUGGCCGUUUCAACCGGGCAAGAUGCACUCAACCAUGCUAUUCGUGCCGCCGAGCUUUUCAUGGCCGCCGCAUCGCAGGCCGUGACAAAAGCUGACGUAAACCGUCUUCGCCGUAAAUGCGGCGAACUGAUUGACCGUGCAGAACAACUUAAAACAACCCUGCCGCCCACUCUGUCCGCCGAAGAGAAAAUUCUUCAUGAUGCUUCAUCUCUUCACGGGAAUGUCUUCCCGCAAUGGAAAGCGGAGCCUUCUGAUGAAGAGUUUGAUGGCCCCUUCAAUGGGGAGAUCUAUGUUGAUAAUACUUCUUUCACUUUGUCACCAGCACAGGCCACAACCUUUGCUGGUUGGAGGCGACCAACGGGUGUGCUUGCCCCUGAUCUAGACCAUCCCCAUGAAGAACCUCGCGAGUCUUUAGAUACGCUCUUCAUGAAUUCACAUAAGAUACCUGAUUUGGUUCAAGAUAUGACGACCGAUUGCAGUGUCGUGGCAGGCCUAUCCGCUGCAAUCAAGAUCUUGAUCGGAAAGCAUUCUGCUCUUUCCUCCAUCAUUUACCCCUUUGACCACUCUCGGGGCCGGCCACAUUUCUCGCCUAAGGGUAAAUAUAUCUUGCGCCUGAAUUUCAACGGCUGUUCUCGCCGGGUCGUAAUCGAUGAUAGACUACCUGCCUCACAGGAUGAGGGAAAAUUCUUCGUCGUGGACCGCUCGAACCCUCGUCUCCUGUGGCCCGCACUGUUGGAAAAGGCAUACCUGAAGGUUAGAGGUGGGUAUGACUUUCCUGGGAGCAACUCGGGAACUGAUCUGUGGGUACUUACUGGAUGGAUCCCCGAGCAGGUGUUUUUGCAAAAAGAGGACAUGGAUAUUAACCAAGUAUGGGCGAGAAUCAAAGCAGCCCAUGACUCCCAGGAUGUUGUUAUUACUAUAGGCACCGGAUUUAUCUCUGCUGAAGAAGAGAACGCCUCCGGUUUGGUUGGCGAACAUGACUAUGCCGUUCAAAGUCUUGACGAUUCUGACGGCGAGCGCAGACUCUUGGUCAAGAACCCCUGGUGUGGAGGGCCAACUUGGACUCCGGCCUCAUUCUCUGCUGGCAGUUACUCGUCUCGAGGGACUGGCCAAGAUCAUGGCACAAAUCAGGAAAAUGAAGCAGAUAAUGGGUUGGAAGAUGCCCCGGGCUGUCUCUGGGCCACACUGGAGGAUGUGGCCCAGAACUUCGAAUCAAUGUACCUUAACUGGAACCCAAAACUCUUCCAGCAUCGACAAGACCAUCAUUUCGAAUGGGAGAUAUCUCCCGGAUGUUUUGCCUCAUCAGUGGUACGAAAUCCUCAAUUUUCAAUCGUCUCCCCAACUGGAGGCCUUGUUUGGGUUCUCGUCAGUCGCCACUUUGUGGAUGCCGAGCUUGAGAUCGUUCGGAGGAGGACCGCCAAUUUGGCUGCAGCUUCCCGCCAGCUUGGGUUCAUGAGCAUUAUUGUUUUUGAUUCAAAAGGGAAGCGGGUGCAGAUUGCCGACGGCGAGACGUAUCGGGGCCCUUAUGUUGAUUCACCACAAACACUUGCCCGCCUUGAAAUGACUGCAGGCAAGUGGUACACCAUUGUGGUGGACCAGCAUGAGUUCCCCCUUAGUAAAUAUACUUUCACCCUGUCAACGUUCUCCCAUAGCUUGGUCAAGCUGCAGAAGGCUUCGGAGGCCAUGGCUUACUGCCAAGAGUUUGAGGGGGCUUGGAGAAAAAGAACUGCAGGGGGGAAUGUAACAUGCGCCACGUAUUUUACAAACCCCCAAUACAGUGUGUCGGUACCCAAGUCAACGCCCCUAUCCAUCCUUUUGUCAACGGAUAACUCUGAUACCCACGUACAUGUGGACUUGGUAUGGGGCCAUGGGAAGCGCGUGAGCAGCGUCAAGGUCAAGGAGCUGGUGGCAUCUACUGGAGAAUAUCGCCGUGGAAGCGCUGUGGCGGACAUCGCGCAUAUUGACCCAGGGGUAUAUACACUCGUAUGCUCAACGUUUGACGCGGGGCAUGUUGCCAAGUUUGCUCUUCGAGUGUCUUCCAUGGUCCCUGUUACACUUGAGCCUAUCCCUGCUGAGGCCGCUGGGAGACUACGUGCUCCCUUGAGCCCGUUGACACUUUCGCAGGGGGCCCAAAGGAUGCAGGCGCCACUCUCUGUUCAAUGGCUGACAAGAGCGAGCGUCAUGGUUAGCACGAACUCUCGGUACGCUUCUACACUGCUACUUAGACUGAGCAUUGUCAUCGGGCGGGGCCAGGAUCGGUUUACCGAGGUGGUUUCCGGUGAGGGCGAGUUUCAGGCUGCGGCUGCUGGCCUGCGUACCCCAGAAUUCGAUAUGGAGCCACAAAGGUCCAAUUCUGUAGGCAUGUGGCUCUUGAUCGAGGGUAUGGGGAUGGGAGACGAAGAACAUCUCGUACAGGCUUACAUUUUCAGUGACUCGCCUGUACAAGUCGGGCCGUGGGAAACAAUGGAUGAAAUAUGGCAUUAG